ACCUCGACCAGACAACAAUAAUCAUGCGGGGUUAAUUGGAAAAUCGUCCGCACGGAUAACUUCUAUCUCAUCUCCCUUCUUAUGAGGCCAAUUCGAAGCUUGAGUCUUUGGAUUUAAUUUACAUUGCCUGUCGUGCCAUAUUUCGAGCUAGUAGCCUUCCCAGCUUCUCAUCAUGCUCACAUUCAGUGGGAUUGCUAAGGUGUUACUCCUCUGCUUAUCAGCUGCUGGAUUUUAUUCAACCUGGUCCCUUUCAUUUCGAAAUGGCUUUUUCGAUCAGAUCAUGUCGUUGGUAGAAAACCAGAAUUCAUUUCUUCCGGGCACAGAAGAACCGCUGAAACUUCAAUAUGUCGGCAUCCCCGCUCUGGAUAAGCAGCUUGCAAUACUUGUAACAUUCUGGUACCCUCUGGUCGACGGAAGAACCCCAGAGGCAUCUUUGCACGCGUUCAAAUUUGUUGCAAAUUUCAUUGCUAUUUGGGUGGUCUUUGUGGUUGAAAGCUACCGGCUGAGCAACAAGUGGAGAGUCGUAUCAUUUACUACUUUCUGGGGUUUAAUGGCGCAAAAUGUAGACUUUGCUACUGCUGCGCCUCUUCUCUUGGCUCUUCAUCUUUUCACUUCGCCGGCAAGCUUAGAACCCUCAAGGAAAUCUCCAAACACGCCUGCUGCAAAUCUUGUCAUCUGGCCAGGGCAUCUACUCGUUCUUCCAUUCUCAGUCAUUCUCGGAGUGGUGAUUCCGUCUGUUCUCGCCUGCCUUCCAGCACCUGAUUUUUUCAGUUACGCGACACAACAGAAUUUCAUUGCCUUGUGGCAAGCAUUCCCAUUAUGGAUCACACUGAGCCAAUUGAUUCUUUGCGCCGUGCUUUCACCAAUUCUGCCAGCCAAGGAGCGAUCAUACCGAUCGGCAGCUGAGCGCAAUGCGGUAGUGCUCCGGUGCCUGCGAACUGUCUACUUUGGCGCCUUCGCUUUGGCUGCCCUUGCGCAUGUUGCUUCAGUCACCUUGUCAGUGGCACCGAUCCUGUUCCCGAACGUGUUUGUGUCGGAGUACCGCGCCGCGUUCCAUCCGUUGCGCGCUUUUGCACCCGUAGCUCCAUGGACAAAGGAUACGAUUGUAUCUCUAGGACAAGGCGCCCUCCGGUUCAUGCAGUGGGACGAAAUCGUUGGAUGCACUGCAACGCUUAUUUGGGCCUUGGUCCUUAACCGCAAUGCUCAUGCCGGCCGAAUUUCGCCUCAUGGAUGGUUCGACCUUGCCCUUAAGGUGGUCGGUUUGACAAUCUUGACAGGACCAGCCGGUGCAGUUAUCGCGCUUAUAUGGGGCAGAGACGAGCUUGUGCUUGGUGACAUUGGUGAUCCUAUUGACGAGAAAAAGUUACUCUAA